AGCGAAUGUCGUCAUGAGCGGUGGGUAGGAAUUAUAACGUUGGUGUUUAUAUUACUAUCUACUUUGUUAACUAAACACAUGGUUGACUACAGUGCAUUAUGUAUCCAGAGUGCCAAAUUUACGUUACAAAAUGAACUAUAACACGGCACUUGCAGGUUGCACACUUCCGGAAUCGGGCUGCUUUUCCGUAUCAAAGAGUUUAUCUUUGCUAGUUCGAGGCUCGUUAGCAUGCUAGCCAGCAGAGCGCAGCUUGUCUUGCAGUUUUACCGUUUCACGGAUUUGGGUUAAGCCGUUCAGAGUUUUGCUUAGCUGUCUCUUCACACAUACGGACACGUCUCACCCUUUGUUUACUCUGUAAAAAACGCAGAAAUGUAAUAUAAGGGCAACGACAUCUAAUUUAAGUUAAAAAGAGCUAGCGUUAGUCGUAAAACACAGUUAGCUAGCUUUUCUUUUUAGCUCGUCCGCUAGGAAGCUAACGCGUCGUCGUUGGUGUUUGAUUAGCACAUAGGCUGUUUAGCACAUUAGCUUCGCUAGUUUUAUUUUGAGGUGGCGCUGUCUGUCAGGCCGCGCGCGCAAACUGAGGGUGUCUUUUUUCCCCUCCUCACUAAAGACGAGCUCCAACUCCAAAUUUAAACCCACACUCUUUUGCAGAUUGCUGUGGCGUUAUCUUUCUCUAAAUGUGCUUACCUGGCUCAUUUUUACUAUAGGUUAGCUGGCUAGCUACAUUUAGCCAAUUCACUUGCUGCUACUAACUUAGUGCGACUUAAGUUUUCACAGAGGAAUAAGUUUCAUCGCAGAGAACAGAGUGACAUGAUAACAUGCCGAGAUUAAUACCAAUCUCCGCAUUUCAGUUUCCAACUAAUAAUUCGGCCACGUUUAGUAAAUAUAACGUUAGCUAGCUAUGUAAUCCAGUGGUCAUUCUUUAGGUGGUGGCUCGUAUUUAUGAAGUUAGCAAGCUAAGCAGUUCUUCAGUUUGAGGUUCAGGUGUCCGUGAAUAAGUAGGGUAAGCGAUGGACGAUUCGCAGACAAAGCGUUCUUUUUAAAGAAUUUUUAAAUGAGAUAAAGAAAAUCGAUUCGAAGUUUUCUUGAUAAACUGACCUGUUUUUGCAAUGCUUUUAACAUUGUUUGGGCUGCUUUGUUACGUGGAUUUCGUAGAUUCCUUGCAUGUCUUAAGAGUGCACAGGUGCUACAGGCAUGAUGUCGUUACCGGGUAACUGUCAAAUGCAGGAGCAGAUACCGUUCGUCGGGUCAUGAUGCUCCCGUAUGUGUCAAAUGCAUGAGUGCAUUUCGCGAACAAAAGUGUUUAUUCUAAACACUAUAUUCUCAGCAGUCACUUAUAUGGUGUUAUUUGUUUGCAAGUAAAGAUUGUGAACUAUCAACGUGGCCUUACUAAGCAGCUUUAUGGAACUCCUUUCUUAGAUUAAUAUACAAACUGACAGUACAACACCCUAAAAGGUGAGCUAGUGUAGGUGUAGGUCUAAGUUAUAGCUUAUAGAGUAAUGCUGGGUGGUACUGCUACUGGGUGGUUGGAGUAAUCUAAACGCAUAGACGCAUUCACAAAAAGUAAAUUUCUAAUAGACAGUAACGUGGGUCGUAAUGACCAUCACAGCAUCAUUGCCUUCUUGAUUCAUGUCAUCUAGGUAGUAACAGAUCAAAAGGACAGUAUGGCUACCACUGUUGCUGUCAGUCCCAGUGAAUACCUCCAGCCUUCUACCACCACCUCUCAAGAUUCUCAGCCCUCACCUUUGGCUCUCCUGGCUGCAACUUGCAGUAAGAUCGGCCCACCUGCGGCCCAAGCCCCUGUCAGCACUCCACCGGCCCAGCCAACAACGCGUCGGCUGCACCCCAUCAAGCCUGCUCCCAUUGCUCCGGCUCCUCCCAAGAAUAUGGCCUUCCUGUCACCUAAGGGAACUGUGCUUCAACUGCCUGCAGGCUUAGGUUCUUCAGGAGCCAGCCCCAUCCUUCUCACUAUCCAGACCCCAGCACGCCCAGCGGGCACAACUAAUACCAACAUCCAGUACCAAGUGGUGCCCCAGAUCCAGGGAGCCCAGACCAUUCAAAUGAUGCCCCAAGGUGGACAGAUCCAGAUCAUUCCUGGGACCAACCAGGCUAUUAUCACCUCACCUGUUACUGUGCAGGCUGCCACACCCACUCCUACAUCUGUGGCAACAGUGUCUGCUGCACAGAAGACAGUACCAAUCAAGCCAUCAACACAAAAGCGGCGGCAGAAUAAUGCUAACGUUACUUCUAACACUAACGUUGUGCGUCUGUCUGGUGGACUUGCGCUACCGCUCAGUGUUGCUACGGGUGAAGUGGGUGGAGCUCAGAUUGUUACAGAAUCAGCAGCUGCCACACCUCGGCAAGCGAAAGGAAAGAGGGGACGGAAGAAACAGGUUGCCACCCCACAGCCAGCCUCAACUCCUCCUGCUGAGCAAGUGGAGACGGUGCUGAUAGAAACCACAGCUAAUAAUAUCAUUCAGGCAGGGAACAAUCUCCUUAUUGUGCAGAGUCCAGGGGGAAACCAGCCUGUGGUACAGCAGGUGCAAUUGGUUCAGCAGAAAUCAGAACAGCAGGUGGUGCAAAUACCCCAGCAGGCUCUAAAAGUGGUGCAGGCUGCUUCUGCGACACUUCCCCCUGUGCCCCAGAGACAGCCAGCUACACCCAGUGUGCAGAUGACCCCCUCUGAACCCACACAGGUGCUGAUUAAAACAGCUUCAGGUGAGUGGCAGGCAGUGCAGCUGCAGAAGACCAUAGUUACGACUCCAACUACGCCGGCUACUACUGCCACCCCUACCACACUGACUGUCGUCAGUAAGAAGGCCCAGCCAGGGGCACGGAAAGAACGAACACUCGCAAAGAUCGCUCCUGCUGGCGGUGGUCCGAUAACGCUUAAUGCAGCUCAGCUUGCUUCAGCGGGUCCGGCUGUUCAGACCAUUAAUAUCAAUGGUGUUCAAGUACAAGGAGUGCCUGUGACCAUCACAAAUGCUGGGGGUCAGCAGCACUUAACAGUCCAGGGCGGAGGGCUACAGCUGGGCAGUGUGCAGACGCAGGCGCAGCCGCUGAAGGUGGACCAAACGCUUGCUCUUGAGCUGCAGAGCCAACCAGGCGAAAAGAAGCGGCGCAUGGCAUGCACUUGCCCCAACUGCAAAGAUGCAGAGAAAAGGCCGGGUGAGGUAGGCAAGAGGAAGCACAUAUGCCACAUACCAGGUUGUGAGAAGACCUUUCGGAAGACAUCUCUGUUGCGAGCGCAUGUGCGACUGCAUACAGGAGAAAGGCCUUUUGUCUGCAGUUGGGUCUUUUGCGGGAAACGCUUCACACGCAGCGAUGAACUGCAGCGACAUGCCAGAACGCAUACAGGAGACAAGCGUUUUGAGUGCUCAAAAUGUCAGAAACGAUUCAUGAGGAGUGACCACCUAACAAAGCAUUACAAAACACACAUCAACACCAAGAACUUGUGAACGUUUGAUUUUGAAAGAGAACUCUUAAAAAGACUCAUCCCUUAGGGUGGAAACAGGGAGGGGGCUUUUUAGUGGAGGACAUCCCCCCUCCGCCCGCACCCAAAUCACACAUGUGAUGUGUCCUAAACCAGGCCCUGUGGAGUGGUCUGUGCACACAAGCCCAAACUCCUCUUGUGUCUCCUUUUCCACUCACCCCAGUUUUCAAAGGGAGGGCCUGGCAGUCUAGCUGGGCCAGUACGCCACACAAGCUUCAUACGUGUCUCACUUGAAGAUGCAGAAACCUGACGCCAUGGCUGUGUAGUAUGGGAAGUCCUGUAUCACUUAGCAAGAAGAAGAGAGUGAGUGAAAGAUUGAAUCUCAGACAUGAAAUGCACCACCAAGUACUCCAGCCAAAAAGCUGUUUUCCUCCAUAUUUUUUUUUUUUUGAGCCUUUUGACUAGCGUGUAGCAGCUCAUGGACAGCUUUUAUUGUGUAAAUGUUUGCUUGCAUACACAAACCUACAUUUGUACAUACCUGGGCUAGUUUGAAUACGGAAAUGCUUGGAGUUUCUCUUUACCCCAGCCAAGGUUCAUUUCAGAAUCUUAACUGAAAAUUUUAACUCCACUUGGUUAAUUGGUUUCAGCGCUGCCAUAUCAAAACCUCGUAACUCCAUUUUUUUCAGGAUUUUAUUAUUUUUUUUUAAUCUAAAAAUUCCAGUUCAAAUGGACCAAUAGAAAUGGUCCAAAAUUACUUUAUAUAAAAUCUUGUUACAUUAACAUACAUUACAGGUAAGAUUUUUCCCCCGUUUCUUCGAUAAAGUUUGUAUUUCUGAGGUACGAGGUUUUGUUGCAACAGUGACGAUUUGGAAUUCAUUCAGCAGAUGUUUAGAAUGAAGAUAUUUUGCUGUGACUGGACAAUCAUGUCAUGAGUAUAGAACAGACUAAUAUGAAAUCAGUUGAUUGCAGCUUUAGGAACCAUGGAGUCACUCACUGAAAACUGCAAGCACAUACAGAAGAUGACUGUAUUUGAAAGACAGAAUUAGCUUAGUCAUGUAAGUAUGUAGAUGGUAUUUUAUGAAAAUGUAGAGUCAGUUACAAAAUCUGAUAUUCAGAUAGCAAGAUCACAUUACAACGUAUAUGCUACCUACAUCAUAAAAAUAUCAAUAUCCAAAAUCAAAGGAGAAUAGAAGAUAAAGAGCGGGAUGAUUUUUACAACUUACCCAAAUUCAAUGUUCAUUAUAAGGAGUUAGUGGUUUUGAAACACAGCCUAAGAGAUAUCCAAGCAUUUUGGAGUUUAUUCUAAUCAAGUUUAUGUAAAUGUUUAAUGUCCUGGUCCUCAAAAGUGCUUUAAGGGGGAAGUCUGUGCAUCUGUACUGUGCGUCUGAAUAUGUACAAUUGUAUCUUGGAGACCACAAAAAGUAGGAUAUUUGUUACACAAACGACUGCAUUGGCUGCUCCAGCCAAACCUGAGUGACGAGGACUGUGUACAGUGUAAAUGAGGAAAAGAAGUAACAUUGUAUAGUUUCAUUCCUGUAAUACACGAGGCUAUUAGAUGACCCUUUUAAUCAACUUAAUGUUGCCUUAGACAGCUGCACCACCUAUUUAAAGAUAUUUCUGUCUAAUUACAUGGAAUUGCAUUUGUAUAAUUGCUUUAUCUUUUGUCUAACUUGUAUUAAAAAAUGCCAAUUUUAUGUGCACUGACCAAAUUCAGGGUUUUAAUCGAGAGGUUAAAUUGAGUAUUUUGUUCAUGCACCAUGGCUUUAUUUUGUCAGAAUUGAAAAUGAAAAAAUACCCUCUUUCUAUAUUUCCUAGAUCAAUCCCACACCUAAAAGUCCCUGUCUCUGAAAGCCGAUGAUAGGUAACUGUGUUUGUAUAACUUACUGAGGUGCUUCAACCAGAGAGCUUGCUACUUUUUCUACAGUCAGCCCAUCUCGCCCAGAUUGACACAAUAAAGCGUUCAGAUCA